CAUUCCCGGAGCGGGCACCAGGGACCGACGGCCGCAGCAUGACGGGCAAAGCGGGCGCGGCGCUGGCCCCCAGCCUGCCCGGCAAGCCCAAGCCCGACGGCGCGGCCGCCGCCGCCCCACCGCCGCCACCACCACCCCCUGCGGCGGGAGCCAAGCCCAGCUCCGGGCCCACCCCUCCUCGCUGCACCGGCUUCGGCAUCCAGGAGAUCCUGGGCUUGAACAAGGAACCGCCGUCGCACCCGCGGGCCGCCCUGGACUCGCUGCCAGCCGGGCACCUGCUGGCGGCCCGCUCCGUCCUCAGCCCCGCCGGGGUGGGCGGCGUGGGCAUGGGGCUGCUGGGGGCCGGCGGCAUCCCUGGCUUCUAUGCGCAGCCCACCUUUCUGGAGGUGCUUUCCGACCCGCAGAGCGUCCACCUGCAGCCUUUGGCCCGAGCCCCCGGGCAGCUGGACAGCAGCCAGACGGCCAGCUCAGAUUCCGAGGAUGUCUCCUCCAGCGACCGCAAAAUGUCCAAAUCUUCCCUCAACCAGAGCAAGAAACGAAAGAAGAGGCGGCACAGGACAAUCUUCACAUCCUACCAACUGGAGGAGCUGGAAAAGGUCUUCCAGAAGACUCACUACCCUGAUGUCUAUGCCAGGGAGCAGCUAGCCAUGAGGACAGAGUUGCCAGAAGACAGGAUACAGGUCUGGUUCCAGAACCGCCGGGCCAAGUGGCGGAAGCGAGAGAAGUGCUGGGGCCGGAGCAGUGUGAUGGCUGAAUACGGGCUCUAUGGAGCCAUGGUGCGUCACUCCAUCCCGCUGCCUGAGUCCAUCCUCAAGUCAGCCAAGGACGGCAUCAUGGAGUCCUGCGCACCGUGGCUCCUGGGGAUGCACAAAAAGUCUCUGGAGGCAGCAGCUGAGGCGGGGAGGAAGACGGAGGUGGAGCGCCAGGCCCUGCCCAAGCUUGACAAGGGUGACAAGGAAGAGAGGGGCUCGGAUCCCAAAACCGCCAUUUCCCAGGAGGAACUGAGAGAAAACAGCAUUGCCGCCCUCAGGGCCAAAGCUCAGGAGCACAGCACCAAAGUCCUGGGGACCAUUGUGGGGGACACUCCAAGGAAGCUGGAGAAAGGGGAGGAGGUGGCAGAGGAUGAGAGGCAGACAGAGAAGUCCAGUGCAUCACAGAAGGAGGAGAAGCUGAUCUAGGGGGACAGAGGCUGCAGAAGCCAGCCCUGACAGAUACUGUGCCCUCUGGGGGUCACAGCCCCCUCUGAUGGCCAGGCCUGGCACCCACCAGGGUGUGGGGCCCUGGUUUCUUCACGUGGGGUUAAGAGGUGUCCCCAGCCUGCUCCCAUAAAGUGCAGCCCUGUCCUUCACUCCUCUACUCCUAGGGCUUUCCUUACCCCAGCCCACCUCCAUCACCACCCCAGGGCAGGCUGCAGCUCCAGGUCCCUCUGGUUGUGGGUCUGGGUCUAGCCUCCUCCAGGCCAUUGAAGCCCAGUUCCCCUUCACCUCAUGCCCCAUCCUGCUGUGUUCCACACCCCAGGGGAUGCCUCUGCCCCUGGUACGAUGAGCCCAUGGCCCUGUGUGUGUGAAAUGCUGAGCUUCUGCUACAUGGCUCUCCUAGUUCAGCACUGACAGCUGAUGGGAUGGGGCUGCAGGUUUGGAGUGGCUGAUUUCUGCCUCCAUUACGUGAGGAAAUGCAGGUUUAGCUUGCAGAUGCCAUGCCCUAUUCCCAGCUCACACCCCCAGUGACCCCAGCCUACACCAUCAUCUCCCCCACAUGCACUUGGAGGCCAGUGCCACACACAGCUAAAGCCUCUCAGACAAGACAUCAUUUUCCCAAGGUAUUUAUUGAGGUAAAUUUGCCCUGCUCUCCUUCUGAGCCCUGAAGGGAAUGACAGCCAUGCAGACGCACCCCCAACACACACUGUAAUGUGUACAUACGUCUCCUCACUGACCCCACAUGUGCACGCAGACCCAUGCAGCUGAACCCACUGUUCUUCACAGCAUCCUGUGCUGACAUCACCUUUCUAUCCCAGUGAGGAACCAUCUCCCCAGAGCUGCUGUUUUAAUUCUGUCAGAAUUAACCCCUUCCAUCCGGCCCCAUCUGUCUUUGUCCCCCAGUUUGUUUGACGUGUUAGAUUAUAGCCCACGGUGUGUAAAUAAUGUACAUACAGUGAGAAAAGAAUUCAGUAUUGAGGUGUUUGAGAUAUGGAGCUGUAAUAACUUCUAGUCAUUCAGAACCUGUGAUUUAUGUGCCAUUUUCUGUAAAAAUAUGAACAAGAAUAAAACUAAACUGGAAUACGGUGUGUGAAU